AGGCCCUGGAAAGCUCCCUUCAUUGGUUAACUUAGUUUGCUCAUUUUUGUAAUUUUUACUUCGUCUAAAGAAUCGUAAUAAGCCCCUAGUAUCUGGCCAUGCCUUAAAAAUGGCGUGCGUGUACGAAGUGUGUUUCCUCUCAAUUGGUGAUAUGAAUGUAUGUGCGUUCUCGAUUGGGACCGUAUUCCAAAUUUACUGCCAGCUUGAAAAAUGCUACAGUUUACGUUACGUGCACUGUAGAUUUUCAGUACUGGCAGUUAAUUUUGGAACACAGUCUGAUACUGCCAUUGUGUGGGCUCGCCAAUCACAAGAAAGGAUGGAGAGAUGGCCAGACUCUGGUAUUCUAGGAACUCUAGGAGCCAUUAAUUAAGGAAGAAGACGAAGAAAAAAUCCAAAUUUGUCGAUAACGUUACAGGAAGUGUGGAUACUAUUGUCGACGAUAUACAUGCACAGUUGUACGUAAUCCAAAUUGUGCUUUUGUGCUGUCAUCAUGUCGUUUAUGUCGUCUUCAGUAGGGAUGUGCGCGCGAAGAAUAAACAAACAGCUGUUAGCGCACAACACUUCGGUUAUUAAACAAAUGGUUCGGAAUUUGGAGGUGCAUGAGCACAUGGCGUACACUUUAUUAAGAGAAGCUGGCAUUCCUACCCCACCUUUCUGGGUGGCGAAGACAUCCGACGAAGCUGCCAUUCUGGCCAAGAACCUAAAUACGAAGGAUCUCGUGCUGAAAGCACAAGUUCUGGCUGGAGGAAGAGCGAAGGGACAGUUUAAGGGUAGCAAUGUUAGCGGCGUCGUAAUGUGCGAUACAAUCGAACAGGUAAAAGAAUUGACAGAUAGUAUGAUUGGCAAGGUACUUGUAACUAAACAGACGGGAGCAGCUGGAAAGAUAUGCAAUUCUGUGAUGGUAACAACACGUAUGUUUCCACGUAAAGAGUUUUACAUGGCGGUGAUGUUGGAACGUACCUUCGAUGGGCCCAUAAUAAUCGUUUCCAAGCAAGGUGGAGUAAACAUCGAAGACGUCGCUGUUACGAAUCCCGAAGCCGUAGCAUAUAUACCGAUUGACGUGAGGAAAGGUUUAACACCCGAGCAGGCGAACAGCGUCGCCGAUAAACUGGGACUCACGGGGAACAGCAAGGAAAUCGCGUCGCUCGUCGCCUCCAAUCUCUACGACUUGUUCGUCGAGAAGGACGCUCUGCUGCUCGAGAUCAAUCCGUUUGCAGAAGACAUCUGUGGCGAAUAUUACGCUCUGGAUUGCAAAUGCAAAUUUGACGACAGUGCCGAAUUCCGGCAGAAGGAGCUGUUCGCCCUAAAGGACACAACCCAGAUGGACCCGAAAGAGGUCGAGGCAGAGAAGUACAACUUGAAUUACAUAGCUCUCGACGGAAAUAUUGGCUGCAUGGUGAAUGGAGCCGGAUUGGCGAUGGCCACUAUGGAUAUCAUAAAACUCUAUGGCGGUAUGCCGGCAAAUUUUUUGGAUGUCGGUGGCACCGCUACAGUCGAGACAGUAACGGAAGGUUUCAAGAUACUAUCUUCGGAUCCAAAUGUGGAAGCUAUUUUGGUGAAUAUUUUUGGCGGCAUAAUGAGAUGUGAUAUAAUCGCUCAAGGGAUAAUAGACGCUACAAAACAGUUGAAUCUGAACAUACCCAUAAUCACGCGAUUACAGGGUACUAAUGUCGAUAAAGCUAAACAAUUGAUAUUGGAUGCUAAGUUAAAAGUAAUUUCCGUAGACGAUUUUGCUCAAGCGGCCGAGACAUCUGUCAAGUUAGCAUCGAUGAUGAAUAUUGCGAAAUCUUCGGAUUUAGAUAUCACUUUUAGUACUAAAUCGCCAAAAAAAAUUUUUGAACAAAUAAAAAACUACACACAAAGUCAGAAAGAUAUUUGUGUCGAUUUAUAUCACACUAUGAAAAGCACCCAGUAUGACUCGACCUCAGUGCCACAGUCCACGGCCGUCACUCAGGCAAAGAUGGCUACCAUGUUGUCGCGGGCGAUCUCACUCGCGGAAAGUCUCGGUCGACUGAGCAGUCCCAAGAUAUUGGCGUGCAAUACUAGCUUGAUCAAACAACCUGCUAGGAAUUUGAACGUUCAUGAACACAUUAGCUACAGUUUACUCAAUGAGGCUGGCGUGCCGACACCUAAAUUUGGCGUCGCCAAAACUCCUGACGAAGCAGCUAAACUCGCUGCCGAUUUGAAGACAAAGGAUAUCGUCUUGAAAGCCCAAGUCCUUGCUGGCGGCAGAGGAAAAGGACACUUUAAAGGAACGAGCGUCAGCGGAGUGAAGAUGUGUGAAACUCCAGAAGAAGCUAAGUCGUUGGCGGGUCAAAUGCUCGGCAAAUUACUGAUUACAAAACAGACUGGCGAAGGUGGCAGAAUAUGCAACGCCGUGAUGGUCACUCAGCGCAUGUUUCCCCGUAAAGAGUACUACCUUGCUGUCAUGAUGGAAAGAGCCUUUGGUGGUCCUGUCAUAAUAGCUUCCAGUCAAGGUGGGGUGAACAUCGAAGAAGUCGCAGCGACAAAUCCUAGCGCUAUCAUGUACGAACCUAUUGACAUCAAUAAGGGAAUUACGAAGGAACAGGCGGAACGUAUAGUAGUCAAGCUUGGCCUCGAUAACGUAAAGGACUACAUUUCCAAUAUAAUUAUAAAUCUUUACCAAAUGUUCCUCAAGAAGGACGCUCUUCUUUUGGAAGUGAAUCCUCUUGCCGAGGAUAUAAACGGGAAUUACUUUGCUCUGGAUUGCAAAUGCCGGUUUGACGACAACGCCGAGUUCAGACAAAAGGGACUGUUUAAUUUGAGAGACUGGACUCAAGAGGAUCCUAAGGAAGUCGAAGCUGCGAAAUUCGAUUUAAAUUACAUCGCGCUCGAUGGCAACAUAGGUUGUAUGGUGAACGGAGCUGGUUUAGCCAUGGCUACGAUGGACAUUAUCAAAUUGCACGGUGGCGAGCCGGCUAAUUUCCUCGAUGUUGGCGGUGGUGCGUCGACUUCGGCGGUGAAGGAAGCAUUUAAGAUCAUCACUUCUGAUCCACGAGUUCAUGCUCUCUUAGUUAAUAUCUUCGGCGGCAUCAUGAGAUGCGACGUUAUAGCAGAGGGUAUUAUCGCCGCGACUAAGGAAUUAAGUUUAAAAAUUCCCGUCGUUGUAAGAUUGCAGGGUACUAAUGUGGACGAAGCCAAGGCUCUGAUCGCGAAUGCGGGUUUAAAAAUUGUACCAAUCGAUGAUCUCGACGAGGCCGCCCGGGUGGCGGUAAAAUUAUCGACCAUUGUUAAAUUAGCUCAAUCUGAAAAUCUCAGUGUGAACUUCGAAAUACCUGCAAUUUCAUAGGUAGCAAAAAAAUAAUUGAUAAUAUAUUACUAAGAUUAUUUUUGCCGAGAAUAUGUACUCAAUUGUUAAAAGAUUUCAGAAAUGUCUGAAAGUAAUAACUACAGUAAUAACUUUAUAUGCGUAAUGUAUUCUCGUCAAAGAGUAAUAUUUUACACAAUUCGAUUUUUUGCGUAACUUUACAGAAAGAGGAAAAGAAUAAAAAGUAAAAUAGUUUUGGACAAGUCUGUGACAUACAAAAGUGAUACGACUGGAAGACAUGAUAAAAUAUUUAAAACGAAAUAAUAACGUAUUGUUUUAUGUGUGUAUACACAUAAACACAUAUACACACAUAUGUAUAUAUUUAUGGUAAUCUUUCUCUUUAAUACAGUCACGAACAUUUGUAAUACACAGAAUUGUACAUUACUCACGGAAACGCGUAAUUUAUCAGCGCUUACUCCUACAGCGCAGAGUUCUAUGAGAUUCAGUAUUAAGAAAAUUAAGUUAUAUAUAUGUAAUAUAUUACCUAUUUGCAAGCAACCGUUGCCCAUGGAAAUGUACUCUAGAGUGUUCAAAACCAUCGAUAAGAUAUUAGACAUUAAAAUAGACUAUCAACUUUUUGAAAUAUUAAUAUAAAUAUUAGUUUAUAAUGCAGUGUUAAAUUUAUUAUUUAUUAUUAUACCAAUGUUUCCUAAAUAAGUGUACAAAUUUACAAUUCAAUUUUGACAAAACUGUCUUUACGAUCCGCAUGAAUAAUCGUGCAGUUAUAAAUAAAAAUCAAAUAUUAUCUUGUUGAAUGUACAUGUCUAUGAAAGGUUAAAAAUUAUAAUAAUAAAUUGUAACAAAAUAAAAAAUGGUAAAAUUAAUAUUGCAUUAUGAGCUAACUAUCCAAAUUUAGUCACACGAACGUCCGUAAGAUUGUUGGUCUUUAAAAGAAUCUUAUCGGUAUCAAAAUUAGUAACAAGUAUAUGUUUAUUUUUUAAAACCUUUCACAACAGCCAUUUACAUAAAAAACCGUGGAAUGUCGAAAGUAAAAGACCUGUUCCAUGUAACAUAAUAUAUGUAGUGAUAUAUAUGUAUACAUAAAUUAUUUUGCAUAACUUUAGUUUUUCAUUCCUUCAAUAAACAGUUAUAUCAUCCGCACGUUGCUGUUGUCGAGUUAUACUAAUAUCGAUAUAAAUUUUUAUUUGAUAGAUAAUCAUCGAGUAAAUCUAUAUACGUCAAUAUAUUUAUUCUGUUAUUUAACAAAUUGUAAUUACAAGAUUAUCGUUAAUACUGCCAUGUAAAGAUGUUAAAUAGUCAUAAGGACUUUGAUAAUUUCUGUAAAAUAUGAAGUACCGCUU